AGAACCAGUUCGUAAACGUCGCCAGUCUGUGACGCUCGUCGUCGUUGUUGAGCCCGCGCAGUUAACGUGUUUAUAUCUCGCGCGCGAGAUACACUUAUAGAAAGAAAGAGUUAUUUCUUUAACAGCCGGCAAAAUGAAGCCUCCAAUAAUAUGUGUGGUCCUCUUUACCUUCCUCGCGAACGCAAAAACGUUAGAUAGUGUUCACGUCAACAAGUGUUGUAAAUCGACGGAAAUCUUAGAUAAACAGAAGAAGGUGUGUUUGAACUCGACCAUCGAAGACUGGACCAUCAAGUAUUUAACGAUGAAUCCGACUAAAUCACCGAAAUUAGUCUCGGGAUUACCUAAAACAUGGAAAAUACGCGAAGACACCAGACCAAAUUGCAAAAAUUUUUCGACAUUUCACCAAAGACUCCAUUCAUUCGUCGCUAUCGAAAACGGCUCUUUAUUUGUAACAGAAAUUGGAACAUUUGUGUUACCAUCAAGUUAUUGUGUGGAUUACGACGUGGUGUUGGUCUGUAUAACAGAAACGGAUUCAGUGAGCCCUCAAAGGGAACGCGUUAAUCGGUGUUGUGGUGAAAACGCCGUUUACUCUUUAGAUAAACGCAGAUGCGAUAUUUUCAACCACAAUCGAACAAUACACGUGCCUAAUGACACCGUUUUGGUAGACAGUUUACCGGAUUGCACUGAUUAUGCAUUAGCUGGACAAUAUAGUGAGACUUCAAUGCUUACUAAUGGAAGUCUUAAGUCUACAGCGUUUGACACCGUUUUACCUAGCGACUCGUACUGUAUUGAGUACAUGAAAGAAUCUAACGAUGAGCUUCCUGGUAUUCUCGUUUGCCGACAACACAUUAUUGAAGUAAAACCAAACGACAUUAGAUUUAUUAUAUACCCAAUUGCAUUAUCAUUAAGUGUAAUCUUUUUGGCCGCAACAUUAAUUGCAAGUUUUUUGAUGCCGGCAAGUCAUCACGUUUUACAUUGGAGAUGUCAAACGAAUUACGUUUUGUGUUUGCUACUCGGCAAGAUCGUACUGUGCAUCAUCCAAUUCAGCGGAUCCAGUUUGGCUGACCUCCAAGCAUUGUGCACGAUACUCGCUUUUUCGAUGCACUUCCUCUUCCUGUCGGCGUUCUUCUGGCUUAAUACCAUGUGCUUCAACAUCUGGUGGACUUUUAGAGACUUGCGGCCUCAAAAUUUGGAGAAGAGCCAGGAACGUUGCAGGCUGCGCCUUUACGUCGUUUACGCUUGCGGAUUUCCAGCUGUAAUUGCCGUAAUUGGUCUGAUUUUGGAUCUGGUUGGUGAUGAAAACACAUUCUAUCAACCGGGAUUUGGAAAAAACAAUUGUUGGUUUCAGGGAAAUAUGGAAAUUAUGUUAUACUUUUUUAUCCCGGUCGGUAUUCUUCUGGCGGUCAAUUUAGCUUUGUUCAUCGCUACAGCAAGAGAACUAACUUGUGGCCUUUGGAAAAGAGAACUUGUGAAGUCAACUACGGAAAGAGCUGCACUUGGCCGCGUAUGUCUAAAACUCGUCAUUGUAAUGGGAGUCUUUUGGAUAGCAGACAUCAUUUCUUGGGCUGUUGGAGGUCCUCAUGAAUAUUGGUACUCUACGGAUAUCUUCAACUGCUUACAGGGAGUUUUUAUCUUUAUCGUCGUCGGUUGUCAACCACAGGUAUUGGCUGCUGUUAAACGCUACUGGUGUUGGCGUCGAGGCAGCGCUGUUGAGACCGCAGGAACCACCAAUCAUCAUUCUUCUACAUCGCAAGGUCAACCUUCAAUGGGGGAUACUAUGUGCAAUCAUAGCGUGUCGAAUACCACGAAAUCCAUAGCCUUGGAAACAAGCUGUUAAAGACGAAGGAAAAGAGAAAGGAAAAUUUAUCUUGCCGUCUUUUUUAAUUAAAUUGGCGAAAAUGAAGAAUUUAUAACAAAAAAAUUAUGAUGGAAUUGUGACAAUAAUUUUCUAUUCUUUUGAUUUAUUUUGAUAAAAGAAGAUCUAUUUUUGAUAGUAAUUAUUUAGAAAUGAAAGAUGAAUUUCUAAGCAGCUAGUCAGCAUAUAUAUUAAGAAAAGAGAUUUAUAUAAUUGCUGACAAAUAAACAUAUAUAAGUAUAUGUUAGAUAAUGUACAUGUUGUGACGCACACCAAAUAGAAAAAAAAGAAAUAAUGUGUUUGCUUUAAGCCUAUAAUUGCAUUUAUUAUCAUCGACACAGUUUCGUUGUUAUUAGUUUUUAUCACUAAAUUAAGACUGAUGCGCAUUUUUCUUAUUUAUAAACAUAAUACUGCGUAGAUAAGUUCCUUUUUUCGUUAUUUCUCUUGAAUUAAUUUUUGUUUAUUUUUUUAUUUUCUUUAUAGUGUUACCACGCCAAACGUUUUCGAUGUAACAACAAAUUUGAUGUUAGUUUUUAGAAUUCAAUGUUUAAUUAUGUAAAUGUGUUUUUACAGAUAGCAGCUAUGAAAUUGCAAACCUAUUUUUUUGGGUUCUGUAUAUUUGGAUAUUUUUGUAUAUUUACGAUGUAAAUGAAAGAAAAAAUUAAUUUAUUGCAAAUUUAUAGCUCGUAUUAAGUAACGUGAAACAUUUAUAAUAAUACUAUAACCAGUAUUAUGUACAUUAGAAUCGUUAAUUUCCCUCCCCUCUCCUAAAACCCUCCUUUGUAUGUUGUAAAUAGAAGUUAUGUUGUGGUUCGUUAUUAUUAUACUAUGUAUGUUGUACCAGUAUUUAAUAAAGUCAACUUUUGGCAAAAAA